UUAAGAGGCCACCACCAGCCACUCUCUCAAACCUGUCUCACCAACUCACAUCUAGAAGCAAUUACCUUCACUGCUCUCUCUCCUUUUCCAUUAGUCAACAGCCUAUAUAACUACGCCAUUAGUUCUCUCAAAGGCCGGCCUUAAUGUUUCAGAAACAAGGAAAACAACAACAACAACUACUACUGCUAUUACUGCUACAAGCUUAAGCCCUCUUGAUAAUUUCUGUUUCUGCUUCCAAAAGCUCUACUUGUUUUGGUUAUUAUUGUUAGUGUUAUCAAUGGGAAGGUCUCCUUGCUGUGAAAAGGCUCACACAAACAAAGGUGCAUGGACCAAAGAGGAAGAUGAUCGCCUUAUUGCUUAUAUUAGAGCUCAUGGUGAAGGCUGCUGGCGCUCUCUCCCUAAAGCUGCUGGCCUUCUUAGAUGUGGGAAAAGUUGUAGACUUCGUUGGAUCAAUUAUUUGAGGCCUGACCUUAAACGUGGGAAUUUUACAGAAGAAGAAGAUGAGCUUAUUAUUAAACUCCAUAGUCUUCUUGGUAACAAAUGGUCUCUUAUAGCUGGGAGAUUACCAGGAAGAACAGAUAAUGAGAUAAAAAACUACUGGAAUACACAUAUAAGAAGGAAGCUUUUGAACAGAGGAAUUGAUCCUGCAACUCACAGGUCGCUCAAUGAGCCAUCUCAAGAUGCCACAACACCAACAACUACAAUAUCUUUCACUGCAGCUAAAGAAGAGAUCAUUAUUAACAGUGAUAAUACUAAAGAGAAGAAAAAUACUAGUGGGGGAUUCGUUUGCAAAGAGAAGAAUAUGCUCGAUCAUCAUCAAGUACUAGUCCAAGAAAAGUGUCCAGACUUGAAUCUUGAGCUGAGAAUCAGCCCCCCAUCAUCACAACAAAACCCAACAGAGCCAUUGACCAAUGGGGUGAGAAGUAGCAGUCUUUGUUUCGCCUGCAGUUUGGGGUUACAAAAUAGUAAAGAUUGCAGUUGCAUCAGUAGAAGUAUUGGAAUUGGAAGCAGUACCACCAGCAACACAUGUUAUGAUUUCUUAGGAUUGAAAGGUGGUGUUUUGAUUACAGAAGCUUGGAGAUGAAAUAAACAAACACCCAAUUGAGGAUUGAAAUUGAAUCAUGUAGCUGAUGAAAUCUGAUGAUGUUGAUGAUGAUGAUCACCAGAAUGGAAAGAAUUUCUCUAAUUUUUUUCUCUUUUUAUUUCUGAUUUUUCUCUAAUUUGUAUGUUUAUUAUUAAUUAGUGAAUAGUAAUAUAGUACUAGUUUAAAUGAUAUAAUCUGUUUCUUUAAA